CCACCAGGUGACGUACUCCUCCUCGAGGCCGUCCAGUACCCUCCACUGCAGGCAGCAGACAUCGGAAAGCUGACAAAGCAAGACCCUACGCUGGCAAGAGUCAAGCAAUGGAUACUCUCGGGUUGGCCACAAGAAACCCUGGGAGGAUCUUUUGCACCUUUUGAGGAAUGACAGCAAUGAAAACGUCGGCCAGGGCGUACAUUUGGUGGCCUAAAAUCGAUCAAGCGAUCGAAGACUUUGUGCGCCAUUGCCAACAGUGCCAGGAAAACAGGCAGAGCGAUCCAAAAGCACCUGUUCACUUUUGGAUAAAGCCAGAACAGCCCUGGAGCCGCCUGCACGUAGAUUUCGCUGGACCCGUUCGAGGUGAAAGUUUUCUCGUUGUGGUGGACGCCUUUUCUAACUGGGCCGAAGUCGAGAUUAUGCCGUCCACGAAAUCAGCUGCAGUGAUUACGGCGCUGAGGAAGCUAUUCGCGACACAUGGGUUGCCCGACGUAAUUGUGUCGGACAACGGAACGGCGUUCAAAAGUGCAGAAAUGAAAGAGUUCCUGAAACUUAAUGCUGUUCGCUUCAUCUACACAGCCCCGUACCAUCCUGCGAGCAAUGGCAGGGCAGAAAGAAUGGUGAGGGAAGUCAAGUCUGCCUUAAAGAAGCUAACUCAAGGCGACACACAGUGCAAGAUUUCACGUUUUUUGUUUAAGCAGCACACGACACCACACUCGGACACCGGGAAGACUCCGGGAGAGGUGAUGAUGGGCCGGAGGCUGCGGUCGCCGUUGGACAGACUGCAUCCUGACCUCCAGAGAGAUCCAGGAGCGGAUCAACCAAAGGUCAAGCGGUUCUACGUAGGCGACACCGUCUACGCCCGAAAUUUUGUGACGGGACCACGAUGGAAAGCAGCAAAGGUUGUUGCAGUCACAGGACCAGUCUCCUACAAGGUACAGCUGGCCAAUCGAGAAGUUUAUCGCCGUCAUCGUGAUCACCUCAGGAAGGCUUGGCUUGACUGGGAUGAGAACCUUGAAGCUGACAUUGACUACGACGUCAAGCUGCCACUAACGGCUGCGCCUGGACAUGGAACGCCACAAGCAUCUCCUGCCAGGCGAAACCCAGAAAGACCUGUUCCUCAGGUUGUGCCAUCGCCAGCGGCUCAGCCGGAGCAGCCGCUCAGAAGAUCAGCACGAGAGCGACGUCCAGUCAUCCGCUACGGAACUGUUCCUACCUAAGGGGGAAGGAAUGUAAUAUAGUGCAACAAUGCCGCGGUUGCAUGACCGGCAGGCGUGACCGGCGCGUGAACUCUGAGGUGCGCGAGCUGCCCCCGCGCUCGUGUGGUUCGAUCAUCGGCAACCAGCCAUGGUCACUGAAGAACGCCUGUCUCCAUUAAAGAUGUAUG